GGCGGCGGCAGCAGCAGGCAGUCAGUGUAGGCCAGUCAGGCGAGCGCGCGAGAUGUCGGGCUCCACACCAGGCGGCCUCGGCGUCGUCGAAUUAAACGUCGGUGGCGUGGCGUACGCGGCCUCCCUGGCGACGCUCACCAGUCAACCGAAUUCACAACUACACGCGUGGUUCGCACCUGGAGGAGACGGCGUACCUAAGGAUGCCAAAGGUAGACACUUCCUGGACCGCGACGGCGUGCUCUUCCGCUACGUGUUGGACUUCCUACGCGAUGGCACACUCGCACUGCCUGAGUGCUUCCGGGAGCGUGAAAGAUUACGACGUGAAGCGGAGCGUUACCGCCUCCAGGGGCUGGUGGACCUCAUCGCCGAAGACUCACGUCGUGUACCCGGUUGUAUCACUGUCGGAUAUCGUGGCAGUUUUCAAUUUGGGAAGGACGGCCUCGCCGACGUCAAGUUCCGUAAACUGUCGCGUAUUCUCGUCUGCGGGCGCGUCUCAUUGAUGCGCGACGUCUUCGGCGAGACACUCAACGAGAGCCGUGAUCCUGAUCAUGGUCUAGCUGAACGCUACACAUCACGCUUCUUCCUCAAGCACUCGUUCCUCGAGCAGGCGUUCGACAUGCUCUUCGAGCAGGGAUUCAAACUGGUGGGUAGCGCUGGCAGUGGUACAGCUGGAAGUGCCACCGAGCUGAAGCCCGGCGUCGACGUCGAGGAGAACCGCUGGAAUCACUAUAACGAAUUUGUGUUUGUGCGCGAGUAGAACCGCUGCCAUCCACUUGUUGUAUUUGUAUCAUAACUUCGACCAAAGAGGCACGGAAGCAAAAAUAGAAGAAAGAGGGAGGAAAGGAACUUAGCAACUUAGUACGUAAACUUAGCCAAUGAAAUCAACACGCGAUGCCAACCAACAACAACAACACACACACACACACACACCUAUUGUCUCGCAUCACGAGGCGAAACGAGUAAAACUAGUCAUAGUUUCAUAGACAUUACUCUAAAGCUAAAUAGACGUUAACGGCAACCUGUAGCAAAGGAUAAUCACAUCAUUCCAGGUGUUCCACGAAACCGCCGCCCAACAAAUUAAACAAGGUUCGUUUCGCUCACAUUAAUCCUUGAUAAUCAAAAAUUAAAAAAAAAAAAAAAAAAACAGAAGCGCUGAAAUCUAGGAUUAAUGAGAACCUUAUUAAAUUUUAAGUCGGUGGGUUUACGUUGAGAACACCCUGUAUAUCAAUAGUAGCGCGUAUUUGAACCACUUUGAUUUACAACUACAUUCCGUGCACAAUUAUUUGCCCGUCUGUCUCUCCGCCGCCACACUCACACCUCCAUCACACAUCGACGUCUUCCUGAAUUAUAUCGAUCAAGCCGUAACUAUCGGCGUGUGCUAAUGAAAGAUUAAUUAUCAUUUAUCAUUCUGGUGGAGGCGCCGGGCAACAACGCAACACACAAAGCGCAGUCGGCAUAUUCAUCAAUAUGCGUGUCAUAAAUAAUCGACUGCCGGGUAUUGUGCGCUGGUGAUGAAUAACGCAGGCAGGCAGGUUGAACAAUUUUAAAUUCAUGUUUUGGCUUUGAUUGUACACGCGAGAAGUAAAAAUUCAAUCGGCGAGUGAGUUUUGAAAGAAAAUUUAAUUUAAACUUCUUCGAUGUUGAGCAACAAGUAAAGAAUAAAGAACGCGGGACGUGGAGUGUUAUUAUAAUCAUAAUAACAGUAAUGUGAAAAUGAAAAGAAAUUCAAGACGAUAUUAAUUUGAGUUUGCGUCGAAUGCAAAUUUAAAAUAAAAAAGUUUUCCACUUCAAUAGCGCACGCAAAAUGAUUGAAAAUGUAGAAAUAUAUCAGGGUCGUCUUAAAAUUAAUAAAAAAAUAUACGAGUUAAUAUAGCGUGAAGAAAUAUUAGCGAUGACCUCGACUCUCCAAGCUCUCACGUGUGGCGUUAUUAAGAUGAUACAUCAUUCUUACCCCGCGAGCCGGAAAAACAGACGCGCGAUGCUUUUGUUUCGUUUUGCUUGCCUUUCCUCUUGCUCCUUCAUCGGGCCAGACGAUAUUAAACUAACUGGGUGUAACGAAACACAUUCUUCAACUUCAUAUAAAAUAAUAAUAAUAAUAAUAAUAAACUAUGUCUAACGUAUAUAAGCAACAAGGUAUCAAGUAUAAGUAUUAGCCCUGUAUGAUGGAAAAAACACAAAAAAAUCACACAAAAAUAAAAGCGCCAAAAAAAAACUAAUAAAAACCACUGUAGCAACCAAAAGAAGCAAAAAAAACAUGGAACAAAACAUAUUUUUCAUUAUAAUACUUACCUACGUACCUACUUAUGACAAGUAUUAAGAUACACUAUAUAUGAGAAACUGACGACAAAACAAAAUGGGUGCUGAAACAUUUAAUAUGAUAUUCGCUCGGUUAUCGUUAUCUAUAAUGAUUUUGUGUACAUUAUUAAACGCAGGAAUUGUAAUAAUUUGUACUAUAACUAAACAAUGCGUGUAAUGCGUGGAGAUUUAAAUUGCGAGUCAAGAGUACUAAAAACAAACUAAUAAUAUAGAGAAACCACAAAUAAAAUAUACGAAUAAAUGAAAGUUUUUCUAUAAGAAAACCAAUAAAUCCAAUGAAAUAAAAUGUUCGAAUGCAUUUUUUGCAUUGUACUUUUUAGAUAAACAUCUAAUUUUGUUAACAAAAUGUUUCUCUAUUACAAAUGUUUUUGUUAAACACCUAAUUGAAUUUAUUGAAUCAUUUAAUUAGUUGGUAAGACAAUAUUUGUUAAAGAUUCUUAUCGAGUCGUAAUUUGUUGAAGUAAAUUGUAGUAGUUUACUAUAUGCAACCAAAUAUACACAUUUUCUUCGACUCGAUGGAAUGCUGUGCAUCAUUUGCUAAAUGAUGACAAUGUUGUAACAUGUUGUGAGCAUGUAAAUUCUGUACUGUAACAAACACAAACGAUUUACUAGUGGUAAUCAUUGUAUAUUAUGCUAUCUAGUAAUGAUGAGACCGUAACAGCAACACACUUCUGACCAAAGUAAGCAAAAAGUAAUGAAUACAAAGAAAAACUAUUUAGUGAUCUGUAUAUUAUAUUCAACGGUUACGAAUUUAUUGUCAAACAAUGUUCAUAAUCAAAUAUUGUAUUGUUAUGUUCAAGAGGUAUGCAUUUUACUGUCUGAAAUCAAAGUGGUAACAAUGUAUAUUAUGCAUUAUACAGAUUUAAAGAUGAUAUUAUUGUAAAUUAAUAAAAUGAUUUUAAAUUUCA